UCUCGUACUAAUUUAAGAAAAUAAAAUAAAUUGAGAAAAAAAAGAUAAAACAAAAUAAAAUGAAUAAAAACUAGAAAUAUAACACUAACUACGAAUUUGUAUGCACCCACCCAAUUGAAUCCAUGAACAGUGAAAUGGAUGCAGAAAGGCCCCAUGUGAUUUGUGUUCCUCUGCCAGCACAAGGUCACAUAAACCCAAUGCUAAAAUUAGCAAAACUCUUCCAUCAUAUUGGCUUCUUCAUCACCUUUGUCCACACAAAAUUCAAUUUUGACCGUUUGAUUAAAUCUAAUGGUCCAAAUUCCUUAAAGGGUCUUCCAGAUUUUCGGUUUGAGACAAUAUCUGAUGGAUUACCACCAGAAAAUGAAAGAGGAAUAAUGGACUUACCAGACUUGUGCAAAGCAAUUCCUAUUGAUGGGUUGAUUUCAUUUAGAGAUAUCAUAACUAAGAUUGUUUCUUUAACAGAUUCAGAUGUGCCACCUGUUACUUGCAUAAUUUCUGAUGGUGUAAUGAGUUUUACUUUGAAAGUUGCACAAGAAUUCAACAUCCCUGAGUUUAUGUUAUUCACACCAAGUGGAUGUGGUAUGCUAGGAUAUCUAAACUUUGAAGAGCUUCAAAAAAGAGGCUAUUUUCCACUAAAAGAUGAGAAGAAUCUAUGUGAUGGAUAUCUUGAAACUGAAGUUGAUUGGAUACCAGCAAUGAGAGGUGCUAGACUUAAAGACCUUCCCACAUUCUUUAGAACCACAAAUUCUUCUGAUACAAUGUUCAAUUACAACAAAGAUACAGUGAACAAUGCAAUGAAAGCAAAAGGUAUCAUCCUCAACACCUUCCAAGAAUUAGAAGCAGAGGUAUUAGAUGCAAUCAGAAUCAAAUACCCUCAUCUCUACCCUAUUGGUCCAUUAUCAAUGCUCCAUAAAAAGUUUUCUAUUUCAAAAAAUAAUAAUCAAUUGGAGUCCAUUGAUUUUAAUUUAUGGAAGGAAGAUGUUAAGUGCAUGAAAUGGUUGGAUGAAAGAGAUAAAGGUUCUGUGGUUUAUGUGAAUUUUGGGAGCUUAGUGAUUAUGAAUGCAAAGCAAUUAAGAGAGUUUGCUUGGGGAUUAAGUAAUAGCAAAUACAAUUUCUUGUGGAUAAUUAGGCCUAAUCUUGUGGAUUGUGGAGGUGAGGUGAUAACAAAUGAUGAAUAUUUGAAGGAAAUUGAACAUAGGGGAUUAAUAUUGGAGUGGUGUCUAAGUCAUUCAUCAAUUGGAGGGUAUUUAAGUCAUUGUGGUUGGAAUUCAACAUUGGAAAGUAUUUGUGAGGGAGUGCCAAUGGCUUGUUGGCCUUUCUUUGCUGAGCAACAAACUAAUUGCUUUUAUGCAUGUAAUAGAUGGGGGAUUGGAAUGGAAAUUGAUAGUGAUAGUGAUGUUAGUAGAGAACAAGUUGAAGGAUUAGUGAAGGAAUUGAUGGGGGGAGAGAAAGGGAAAGAAAUGAAGAAAAAGUGUGUGGAGUGGAAGCAUAAGGUUGAGGUUGCUACAUCACUUGGAGGCUCUUCUUAUAAUAACUUUCAAAGUUUGGUAUUGCAAUUGAAAAAAAUUAAAACAGAACAAAGGAAUUUUUAAGUAUACCAAUAAUAUCCCUUUCAGAUAAAUGUUCCUACUCAGUUCAUCUUUCCAUAUGCUUGUACAUGCAUUAUUAAAAGUUAUAAAUUGUGUGUAAAAAAAAAGUACAAAUUCUGACUAUUGAGGUGCUGCUGAUUUUAUGGACCUAUUUUUGCAAAUCAUUUUGUCAUCUACAAUUUAGCAACAAGCUGCCUUUCUCAAA